AUGAUAAUACAGCGUAACGAAUAUACGUCCGGUGGUGAAAUAGCCAUAUGGUUAUUGAUAACAGUUGGAGCUUUACUCGUGCCAAUAAUUGUGAUAGCUAUCUGUUGUAUUCGUAGACAUUGUUGGAAAUCACUGCCAUCUCGACCACGUCGCACAAUUAAUACUACUAAUGAACUAACACAAUCAUCAUGGGUUAAACGUGUUUAUGAUGUUUCGUAUAACGGCCCAUAUGGUGGAUCACAAGAAAAAAUUGAUUCACUCGCAGCAACACCAAAACAGAACGGUAGCAGUAAUAUAUCAAAUGAUAAUAAUCUAGAUUCAUUGUCAAAAACUGGUUCACUCAAAAAACAACAUGUACAUUGGCCAGAUGGAUGUUCAAUUACUACUACUACACAAGAUUCAAGUGAUGGAUCAUCGAAUAUUAAUAACAAUAACAAUAAUGAUAACGAUACUGUAAAAAAAGCAUCAGAUUUUAUCACAAGCGAUUUAAGAACAAUUAAAGACAAACAAUUUUCCCCAAGAAAACAACCACCUCGAUUGAAUACUGAACAUUUAUAUGAAAAUGGUGGUGCUGGUUUAAAUAUAACGAAUAUCGAAUCACCAUUAACUCGACCAAAACUACCAGCAACAUCUUCAGCCUUGUCGUAUUUAAUUCAAUCAGCUGUAGUACCAGCCGGUUCCACAGUUAGCGGACGAACUCUAAUCGAUUCAUCUACAAAAUCCACUCGUUCAGAAGGAAUUCAUUUACCCGGCACCUGUUUACAUCAGUGUUCUAUUCGUCAAUUGACAAUUAAUUUAAUGGAUUUUGAUGAUUUACUUGUAUUAUGUAAAAGUUUACUAUUAGUCGAGAAACUAUCGGUACAAGUAAAUCGACUUAGCUCUCUAACAUUAACAAAAAAGAAAGUUACAAUAGCAACACAAAACAAGACAAUAUCAUUACCAUUCUUAAUUGAUUUAAAACUUGAAAUUACCUACGUUGAAUCUGAUACGUAUGAAAAAAUUGAACAAUUCUUUGAACAUUGUACAAAACUAAAAUAUUUAACAUUAAUUUUAAAAGCACUAUCAAAUCGUUUUAUUAUUGAUGGAAAUGUGGUGAAAAAAGAUUUUCUAUUGAAAAUGAAUCAGCUGGAAAAUUUUCAAUUUUUUAUUAAUUUUGAUAUUGCUGAAUUAUUAUUUGGUGGCAGAAAGCAGGCAAUAAUUUCAACGUUUGAUACAAAAUAUUGGCAAGAGAAACAUUCCAAUUUAAUCGUGUCAUAUUAUCAAGAUGAAGGUUGUUGUUCACUAUUUACGUUGCCAUUUCUAUUGGAUAAAAUCGAUAUGGCUUUUAAUGUUCGUAAAAUAACAAUUGGUUCAAAAUUAUCAAUGAAAAAAAUUAAACAAAUAUUAUGUAAUUUGAAUGAAAUUGAGUUUUUAAAUGAAUGUGUACAACAAAUGGACUAUGGUUAUCUAUUAAACAAUUCAAAUAGUGAAAUAAAAUUAACAACAAUACGAAAAAUUAUAUUUAAUGAAUCAAGUAUUCCUAAUAAAUAUGUAAAUAAAUUUUUACUUUCACUUCCAAAUUUGAAUUCAAUUGAAAUUAAUUCAGAUUCAUUUUUGUAUUUGAUUAAUUAUCAUCAUUAUAAAUUAGCAAAUAUUGUAUUUAAUCAAAUUAAAGAAUUAAAACUAUUUGUAAAAACUAAGAUGCACCCAGGGCAGCCUUGCAGUGAAAUUUAUUUUUCGACACUUCAUACACCAUUCGAUAGAGAAUUUCG